CGAGAUACAAGAGCGUGGCCGAUUUUCAUUUCUCACCUGAGACCAUCGUAUUCGUCUGUACCUCGUGAAGGCAACUCGAGCAGCCUCAAAAGCAAAAUUCAAAAUGGUGUCUGUUCAUACUAUCGGUGGAAUCGUGAUUAAAGUGUUGAAAUUGGUGAUCAAUCUGAUCGUCCUGAUCCUGUAUCGAACAGGAUACGGUGGCGAAUUUCUCGGAGUUGGUGGAACAUGGAAUCUGAACGAGGAAAAAAAUCCCGACGCCGAAAUCGUUGCUUCGGGUGUAUUCGUUGGAUUUUUCAUAUACACGAGCGCCGUCUUAAUCACGUAUUGUUUUGGAACUACCGAACACAAAAAAACCCUCAUUGAAAUAAUAAUGAAUUUUGUGGGAAUGUUCAUGUUCGUUGCGGUCGGUGGUACUGCGCUUCAUUACUGGCAUGGUUAUCAGCCUGAGCACAAAAACACGCUGGUUACACCUGAGAGAGAGGUCGGGUUGGCUAUGGGUUCGCUGUGCGUACUCGAAGGCGCUGCGUAUCUUGUGGACACACUGCUCAGUGUUUUUGCGUACGCGAAGGACGAAUAUAAUUAAUAAUACGGGUUAUACCAUGCGAAAAGGCAAAAAUUGCUUCGCAUCGUUUUUUUACUGUUCCGAUAAAAUGAUACAUCACUAUAGUACAAAGAAAAUUCCGAUCGAAAUAAUCACGAGGUUGAAUGGACUGACUCAUACCGAAUCAUUGACUCAUCGCACAACUGACGAAAAAACGAAGAAUUACAUUUUCCCAUUUUUCAUUCACUCUUCACGUGUCAUUCUUUUUGCUAAUUUAAAUUUAUGAUUUUUACGUUUAUAAGUAUUAUUAAUACGUCGAAAAGGAAAUGUAACAGGUUGGCAAAAUAAAUGAAAAUUUCGAGAACUCGAAA